CCUCCUCUUUUCUCUCUCGCUCUCUCUCUCUGUGUGUUCAUAUCUGUUUACACCAAAAAUAGACGUUACAUGUAUAUAUGUGUGCUUCAGGAUUCAGGCUUUUUUCUACUUUUUUGGGGAGCGACGACAGCCUUAAAAGAGCAGCUGUGUGGAUAUGAUGGCAGGACGACACACUGAAGACCCGAACAUGACGACUUUAUCUCCAGAGGUAUAUUCCGCCUUUUCCAGUUUGACCACUAAGGAGCUGCAGCAGAACUUGAGGGAGGAGAAGCAGAGGAAUCGACCCGUCAGGCUGCUGUUUGAAAUCCCGUCGACUCGCAUCAUCGCACACACUCUGUCCAAAUACGUGGUGUACGAGGUCGUGGUGAUGCGCUCUGGCAGCUUCGAUUCUCAUCGUGUGUCCGUGGAUCGCCGCUACAGCGACUUCGCCCGCUUCCACAACACGCUGCUGCAGGAGUUCAACGAGGAGCUGGAGGACGUGGUGCUUCCUCGCAAAAUCCUGACUAGAAACUUCAACCCUGAAAUCAUCACAGAGCGGCGCCUCGGCCUCCAGGACUACCUGGCCAAACUUUACGCAAUACGCUGUGUACGACAUUCGCCUCUUUUCCCCAAAUUUUUCACGGAGCAGGAGCAGAAGCGAGCACAUGGUUUGCUGCGAGCGGGACAGUUCAGGCUGGCUCUGGACCAACUGCAGAUAAUUUUGGGGAUUCAGGAGAAGCUCUUGCCGUGGCAGAAGCCCACUCUGGUCGUACCAACGCUUUCUGCCCUCGCCGUUUGUUACCGGGACCUGGAGGAUCCCGAACAAGCGUUUGCUGCGGCUCAGAAGGCUCUGCCUCCGGUGAGAAGAUACGGACUGAAAGACUACAGGGCCUCGCUGCUGGACCUGCUGGUGAAUUUAGGAUACCAGCUGGGCCAACCGGUGGCCCAGUUACAGGAAGAGCUGACUAUGCUGAGAGAUGCCGAGAGGGGAGAAGUGUCCACCCGCUCCCUGAAAGAGUUGGUGGUGCAGAAGUUCAUCUGAAGACCAGAUUUACUGACUGAUUCUGGAGCUUUUUGGACAAGAACUAAUUUAUAACGCUGCGGUGUCAGAUCAGCCAUGUUCUUCAGACUGUUAGAUUAACCUCUUUUGUGGGUGGCUGUUGGGCCUUUAUUGUAACCUGAGGUGUAAGAUGGUUUGUUACACAGAAGCAUCUGAAAAGUUGUCCGAGGAAACUGUUUGGAAAGGGUGCUUUCUAAAAAUACUUGGCAGGAGAUUGGAUGAACCAAUUUUUUCCCCCCAGGAUGAUGAAGGCAUUACCUGCACUCCUCUACCUCUGAUUGGCGACUACCUGUAACUUUCAUUGGUUGGGUUGGUUAGGUUUAGGCAUGAAGAGUGAGCUUGGUUAGGGUUAGGGAGCGUCAUUACUUCACCAUCCUGGGGGAAAAAAAUACCACAUAUCCAGCUAACGUAAGCUUUAUUGACCCCCAAUAUACAUGUAAGAACUUUAAAGCUGAAUUUAUAAGAUACUUGGCAGGUGAUUGAAUGAACUAUCUGUCACUCACUGUUUCGCCUCCCUUGCAAGGCAGGCCAGGAUGGUGAAGGCAUGAGCUGUCCUCCUCUGCCUCUGAUUGGUGAU